AUGGAUGCCAGAGAAAUUGAAGCCAAGGCCAAGGCCUUGGGCAAGGCUUCGGGACAGGAGGAGUCAUCAGCAGUGAUUCUCGGCCUGCUCAAGGAAUUGCAAACUGGUAUCCGGGCUUCUGAGGAUCUACUUCGGCGAACCAAGAUCGGAGUCGUUGUCAACCGAUUCAAGCAAAGCAAAUCACCCGAAGUGGCCCGGCUAGCAAGCGACAUUGUUGCGAAGUGGCGGACUGAGGUCAACAAACAAAAACAGAGUGGCGGGUCAGCAGCGAGCCGGGCUUCCAAUUCGCCACGGCCACCACAGAAUGGCACAGGAGCAUCCACACCCGCGAGCGCUACCCCAUCUGAUAAGGCGGCGAAGCUGUCGGUGCCACCAGACAAGCGCACCUGGAAGGCAGAUGGAGUGGAUGUCAACGUUACAUCGAGCGCUGUGCGAGAUAGCUGCACGGGACUUAUGUACGAUGGACUGUGCCUCGGGUCAACCGAGUCACCCAAGACAGUGUUGGCAAAAGCAUCUGCUGUGGAGAAGGCAGUACACAGCUACCUUGGACCUGAAAUUAAGCCGGAAUACAAGACGAAAGUGCGCAGUCUGUUCCAAAACUUGAAGAACAAGUCAAACCCCCUGCUCCGUGUGCGUGUUCUGAGUGGAGAAAUCUCCGCGGAGAAGUUUGUGCGCAUGAGCAGUGACGAGUUGCGAUCUGAGCAGCAGCGCGAGGCCGACGAGGCCAUUAAGAAGAAGAAUAUGAACGAUGCCAUGGUUGCUCAAGGAGAGCGCAGUAUCAGUACCAGCUUGCAGUGCGGCAAAUGUGGUCAGCGCAAGGUUACUUACACCGAGGCCCAGACUCGCGCCGCUGAUGAACCGAUGACCUUGUUCUGUACCUGCGUGGUCUGCGGUAAAUCUUGGCGACAGUGA